AUGACAUCCCGAAGACUUAAUGCCGAGGACUGGACGCCUGUACAUCCCACAAAGCUGAAUGCUAGCAUCUCCAAUGAGUCAAGGACCGCGCAUUCACGGUCUUCCGGCAAUUCGCAGCGCGCACUGCGCCCUAAGCCAUUGAACAUACCAUCAAAACUACCCCAAACACCGCCCAAUGCUAAGCAGUCGCACUUUCCACCCCAGAAUGGCGAUUCGGACCAGGCCAAGGACAUUCCCACUGAUCCGCAGAUCGUCGACUUGGGUCCUCCUGGACCAUGGCCGCAUCGUGGUUCUCCCGCCGUACGAAAUCGCCGCAUGGGUUCGCCGAACCUAGCAUCGCACUUCAAUUCCAGGCAGUCCGAGAUCUCUCUUGGUAUAUUAGACUACUACACCAGAGAACCAACCCCGUCGCUGAAAAGUCCUGAGCUUCCACCGCCACCUACACCGAAGCUGGACUCUGCCAUCGAGCAGUUUGACUUCGGUCUUCCUCCAACCCCAACGCCAUCCGUCGUGACCACGAUACCAUGUCUUGUCAACGCGACAGCUGAAGCAGAGCGGCAGGAGCAGUCUCUCAUCCCAGUAUCGCCUCCGAGUGGUCAGCUACGCCACAAUGUGAUGAACAAUGGCUACAGUCUCUUUCCAGUGAUCAAGGAAGUGACACCUCCACCCCGAAGGCCUACAAUCACGCUGGUCGAGCCAUUUGGCCGACGCAACACCACUCCAGGAAGUAACACCAGCUCAAUAGCUUCCCCGCCAGAUCGAUGCCACCGCCCACGAAAGGAGAGCAUAUCAAGUUCCGUUCGCAGCCGCAACGACAGCUUCAUCUCCGGCCACCGCGACAAGCAUGGCCGGAUACCACUCCGCAUCCUGUCAUCCGACUCGACUUCCAGCACCUGCCGCACCAGAGUCGCCUCUUCGAACAUAUCAGCCGUACCAGAGAAGCAAAGCAGAUGGUCCGACGACACAAUCACAUCACCUUCCACAGCAUCUACGCCUGGCCCGAGGACCUCGUUUGGUUCUCUGUUGCGACGGGACAGUGCGCAGUAUCCUGCAUGCUUCUUCGAGGACGAUGAAGAGGCGCCUUUAAGACGGAAGUUCGCGUGGAAGAAGACGUCUAUGGCUUCAAGUCAUGAGCAUCAGCGGGGGCGUUACGAUGAGCCGCCGAGUUUUGGGGAGCGGUUUGUUAAGCUUAUGCUGUGCGGCUGUGGUGGACGAUAA